CAUUGACAACUUUGUUCCAAAGAAAUCGUUGUUUCUUGUGACCCCCUUAACAUUAGUCUCCCAUCUAACUAGUAAUCUAUUGUACCUCCCCGGCAAGAGAGGGGAACCCAUCUCCCACUCGUCUGAAACACGCACCACCAUUACAGCUCUUUGCUUCACUUGCAAGUAUGAGUAUCAAUAUGUAUACGGGGUUCACCAGGCUUUGCAAGGGUCUUGCGGUUGUCCUUGUAGGCGGUCACAUUGUUGUUCAGAUUCUUCCUUCUGCUCUUUCUUAUCUUGCUCUCAUACCUGCCAAGACUAUUCCAUUUGCAUGGAAUCUUAUAACAGCUGGUUACACUGAACAAACAGUGUAUGGGGCAAUCAUCAGCACUAUCGGACUUCUUUUCCUGGGGAAGCUGCUUGAGCCCAUCUGGGGUUCUAGGGAAUUCUUAAAGUUCGUCUUUAUUGUCAACUUUUUGACAUCUGUCUUUGUUUUCAUCACAGCCAUAUCAUUGUACUACGUAACAAGACUGGAAAUUUAUCUCUAUAUGCCCAUUUCCGGCUUCCAAGGAGUUCUUUCUGGUUUCUUAGUUGGCGUCAAGCAAAUCAUGCCCGACCAGGAGUUGUCUAUUUUGAAACUGAAAGCAAAGUGGUUGCCUUCCCUUGCAUUGUUGUUCUCAAUUGCUAUAAGCUUUUUUACAGCAGAUUCGGUCUCAUACCUUCCAACAAUAGUAUUUGGGACAUAUUUAGGAUGGAUUUACCUAAGAUACUGGCAGAAGAAACCAGAGACAAAACUAAAGGGUGACCCAAGUGAUGAAUUUUCCUUCUCUUCUUUCUUCCCUGAAUUUUUGAGAUCAGUAAUUGAUCCAAUUGCAACAAUAUUUGAACGGAUGCUUUGUGGUAGAAGAUCUGAGACUUCCAAUGAGGAAAGGGGCUAUACUCUAGGUGGUUCCACAUUGCCUGGUUCUGAUCCCAUUGAAGCAUCCAGGAGGAGGGAAAGAGGUGCGAGAGCACUUGAAGAAAGAUUGGCAGCUGAGCUUUUGGGUGCUGGAAAGAAGGGUGAAGAAUCAGAAAGAGAUGUGAAUGAUAAUGUGUAGAAGUUGGUCUAUAAUAUGUAACGCGUUUUCUUGUCCGAUAGAAACUAGAAGAUUGUGCACAUUUUUGGCAGUGUACUCUUUUGGAUUCUCUUGUUUAAUGUACAUUUUUCUCUUUUCCAAU